AUGAUAUCUCAAUCACUAUCGACUUUAUUUUUGCUUUUUCAGUCAAAUAUUUAUUUUUUUAUUAACUAAUAAUCCCCAUGGAUUAUUUAACAGCAAAUUCACCUAUCAUAAGUAUAUCAACUACUAGUGAUAUAGACCUCGAUUUAUGUCUUGGGUCUCCACAUCUAUUCGAAGAGUCCAGUCUUAGCACUAUGUGGAGCGAAGGCCAAGCUCCACAAAUCCCUACUCAACCCUCUACAGUCAGCUCUCCAUCAGCUCAUUUUCCUCGGUCCAGAAAUGGUUUAAAAUCAAUAAGUUGGAAGGUAAAGGACAUCGUUGAGCGACAAGGCUCAACCUCCUAUAAAUCUGUUGCCGAUGAGCUAUUAUCUGAACUUAAUAUUCCCACAACUGCGACUAAGGAUGAAAAAAAUAUCAGACGACGAGUUUAUGACGCAUUAAACGUAUUAAUUGCUGCUGACGUUUUAUGCAAAAACGGGAGAUUUGUCGAAAUUAAACACAAAAAUAAAGAAAAUUUCUCAUGUGACAGUGAAUCUGUCAUAGAAAAGCGAAAAAUCCUACAAGAACUUGUAGAAAAGGUGGGAUCUAUGAAAGGGCUAAUAAAUAGGAACAUGAAAAAAUCGAAGCCCCAAGCGAUUUUGAAGGUUCCUUUUGUAGUCUUGCUGACAGAUAGCCCAAUUGAGAGAGAUUUGAAGCUGGAAAUGAAAGUUUCUAGUAGAGGGAUUGAUGCAAAUGUAAAAUUCGAUAAGCCAUUUGAGGUAUUAACUUCAUAUGAAGUAAUAACAAAACUUUGUCUUCAUAAUCAUUAUGCAGAUUUGCCUACUGAGGUGCUGAGAAUUUGCAAAGGUACUUCGGAGGGUAAAUUUUAA